GUACGCGCCAUCGCUGUCAGGGGAUGGGGGCGGCGCGUGACCGCUCUCAUUCUCUUUAGUGUUUGUCAAUGUUGGAGGUGUGAGCAGCCCGGGCCGGGAAAGCCAGAGCUAGAGAAUGGCACACAUCAAGGCACCAUCACCUGCAACCAUGUGUGAUUCUUCUUUUCCUUCUGUGCUUCCCGCACCUGCCCCUGGUGUCAAUCAGAUGAUUGUACAAAGCUCCCUGAAUGGAUCUGCUGCGGAGCCUACCACGGACAGUCCCACUGACAGUCUCGCAGACUCUUCAUCCUCUCUGAGCUCGCCAGGCGUGGUUGCUGAAGAAGAGCCAGCCAAAUUCUUGGAAGUGCCUCUCCAUGAAAACAUGACAAACCCCAAAGAGAAAACGCCAAUGUGUUUGGUGAAUGAGUUAGCCCGCUUUAAUAGAAUUCAGCCACAAUAUAAACUGUUGGAUGAAAGAGGACCAGCACAUUCAAAGUUGUUUACCGUACAGCUGACCCUUGGUGAACAAAUGUGGGAAGCAGAGAGCACGAGCAUUAAGAAAGCGCAACAUGCUGCCGCCACACUUGCAUUGUCUGAAACUACACUCCCCAAACCUGCCAUGAGACAGACCAGGAAUAUCAUCAAUAGUAAUCCAGAAGCUGCUCAUCUGCAUGGAAAUAAAUAUACUUCAGCAAGACUCUCUGCUAAAGGUAGUAUAACCCCAACAGUUGAGUUGAAUGGUCUUGCUAUGAAGAGAGGGGAGCCUGCCAUCUACAGGCCAUUAGAUCCCAAACCACUUCCAAACCAGCGAACUAACUACAAUUAUCGGGGCAUGUACAAUCAGAGGGGUGGCCAACCAGUCAGAGACAAAGAGCCAAAAAAUCUUGUUCGAUACUUAUGCCCAAUGCUGAAGACUUUCUAUGUACAGCUAACAGUGGGCAACAGUGAGUUUUACGGAGAAGGAAAAACUCGCCAGGCAGCAAGACAUAAUGCAGCAUUAAAAGCUCUGCACGCUCUGAAGAAUGAGCCUAUACCAGAGAGGUCAUCAGUGAAUGGGGAGACCAAUCGAUGUCCUGAAGAAGAUAAAGAUGCCAACAAGUCAGAAAUUAGUCUGGUGUUUGAAAUUUCUUUGAAGCGCAAUCUGCCGCUCAGCUUUGAGGUGACCAAGGAAAGUGGUCCUCCGCAUAUGAAGAGUUUUGUUACAAGGGUAACAGUGGGAGAAUUCACUGCUGAAGGCGAGGGGAAUAGCAAGAAGCUUGCCAAGAGGAGGGCGGCCGCCGCUGUGCUGCAGGAACUACGCAAACUCCCACCUCUACCCAUUAUUGAGAAACCAAGGCUCUAUAUAAAGAGGCGUCCCAAAACCAUAAUAAAGGCUUCCCCAGAAUAUGGCCAGGGGAUGAAUCCAGUCAGUCGCUUGGCUCAAAUCCAGCAGGCUAAGAAGGAGAAGGAACCAGAGUAUGUAUUGCUGUCGGAGAGAGGAAUGCAACGGAGAAGAGAAUUCAUUAUGCAGGUCAAAAUUGGGGAAGAAAUGGCCACAGGAACAGGACCCAACAAGAAGACAGCAAAGAGGAAUGCUGCGGAAGCCAUGUUGUUGCAGCUCGGGUAUAAAGCUUCUACUCCUGUUGCAGAGAGUACCGGAAAGCAAAGUGACCUUCAGACCUGGGGAGAGCAAGGUUCUGGAGCUUCUGAUCAAACAAGCACCCCAAAAGGAAUUCUUCAUCUUUCUCCAGAUGUCUAUCAAGAAAUGGAAGCCAGCCGCAGCAAAACGGUCCCUGCUCCUGCUGUCAACUUCCUGUCAUCCAAAGAGUUGAGCCAGACAUCCAGUUCAUAUUUUAGCACGCCAGUAGCCCAAAGUUGCACAGCUGCAAUUGCCAGAGAGCUCCUGACCAAUGGCAACUCACCUACGGCAGAAGCUAUUGGCUUUGCAGGGAACAACAUGACAUGUUCCAGCUCUACAGUACAACCAUCCAAACAGCUUGAAUAUCUGGCAGGCAUUCAAGGCUUACAGGUAAAUUACAGAGAUAGGCAAAGUGGGAAGGAUUUCCUGACGUGCUUGACUCUGUCACCGGUGCAGAUGACAUUCCAUGGCAUUGGCAACUCUGUGGAAGCCAGUCACGAUCAGGCAGCUUUAAGUGCCUUGAAACAAUUUUCAGAGCAAGGACUAGAUUCCGUGGAGGGUGCUCUUAUGGCAGAAAAUGGACCAUUUGAACAAGCCAAGCAGCGCGGAGAGAAGACAGACAAUACGCAGGCUAACUCAGGCACCACCGCUCAGGACUGCAAGGAUUCAAAGGCCGUCGUCUAGGAGCUUCGCGGCGGCCACUGCAUCCUUAUAAACCUGUCAACACGCAAUAGGGUGUAGGUGUACAAGGAAACGAAUCACUAAUACCAUUAAACAAGUCUUAUGUGAAGACAACACUAUCCUAAAGCAAGAGAUAAUACUCAGUACUGUUUAUACAAAGAGGGGAAUAUACUCGCAUAAAGCACUUCCCCUGCAAUUUGAAACCACUUCUUUAAUUUAAUUGCUUUGAGACGACAGAAAUCUGAUCUCACUACUGCUUCAACUUAGAGUUUAUUAGCAAACGUAUUAAGAGAAUUCAAUUUAAACUUUAACCAGCUAAACAUUAGUAGGGGAAAAAUGAACAAAAAAAAGAAAGUUAAGAAAUCCACAUUGGUUAGCGUUUUAGUGUUCCGUCUUACCAAUACUAUUAUUAUUUUUCUUUGUUUUAGUAACUGCUUUGAUAUUUUAAAACUUAACCAAUGACAGUGCCUAGUGCUUGUGAUAAUUGUAGUUGUUGUCUUCAUAUAUAUUCACAGCUUAUCUUUGAUGAAGCGAAAUGCAACGUUCACUCUGAAAUAUGUUACAGCAUUUAGCAGCAAAAGAUCCAAGCUAACGAAUCCGCAUCAUGAACAACAUUUGCUGAAAAACAUGAGCUGAUGUUUGUAGCAUUGAGUCACAGUGUGCCCCAGAUAAUUCAGUUUAGCUACCACCUUCCCUGUAACUAGUCAGCAGAAAAAUUUAAUUUUUCCAGUUUAGGGGUCUAUGUACUAAGCCUUGGAGAGAGAUGGCAUGGCCGGAGAUUAAGUACCAACCAGCUCCUGACUGCCAUUUUUCAAAUCCAGCCUGUGACAUGACAGGAGCUGAUUGGCUGGCACUAUAUCACCGUGAAAUCGAUCACUUUUCAAGGCUUAGUGCAUCUCCCCCUAGUCCUUCAUUUUUCCAGUAUCCUGCCCUCCACGCUCUUGUUUGAAAAAUACAUUUACACCCAUUGUGUUGUUGUCAUGACUCACAGUUACAUCAACUGAGUGUUUUUAAUACCUGCAUUCUGCGCUCUGACAUCACCUAGCCCAAUGACGAAAAGCAUGUAACAAUGACCUGAACAAAAUACAGGAGUUCAACUUUUUUAUGGCUGGAGAGGUACUAUCCUAUAUAACAAAAAGGUUGUGUUUAUGACUUCUGUACCAUGUUUUGAGACCGUGUAAUAUAGCCAAAUGCAGUAAAACCACAUCAGUUCAUGUGAAAA